AGAAAGAAAGAAAAAUCUGAGAAAAAAAACGAAGAACACGAAGAACGGAAAAAAAUGCAAGCCGCUUCGCUCUCAAAGAUCUGGCGUUUUGAUGGUAAUGUGGGUCCAGAGAACAUGGAUUCUUCUCCAUUUCAAGAUAAUGAAUGCGUUGAGACUUGUAAACCAAACGUUUUGAAUGUAAGCGAAAGGAGAGAAUUGAUCCACGCAUUGUCUAACCAGCCACAAGAAGCUUCGGAGCUUUUGAAUUCAUGGAGCAGAAAUGAGAUCAUGAAGAUCAUAUGUGCUGAGAUGGGUAAAGAGAGGAAGUACACUGGUCUGAACAAACCAAAACUCAUUGAGAAUCUACUCAAUCUUGUGUCUCGUCCUCUUGGAGAGACUUCUUAUUCUGACCGUAGAAACUCGAGGAAGAAGCAGAAGAAGAUGAUCGGUUACAUCAUUUGCUGUGAGAAUUUAGCUUGUAGAGCUGCGCUUGGAAGCGAUGAUACGUUUUGCAGAAGGUGUUCUUGCUGCAUUUGUCAAAAGUUUGAUGAUAAUAAGGAUCCGAGUUUAUGGCUUACUUGCGAGGCUUGUGGAUCGUCUUGUCAUUUGGAAUGUGGUUUGAAGCAAGAUAGGUAUGGGAUUGGGAGUGAUGAUCUUGAUGGUAGGUUUUAUUGCGCGUAUUGCGGCAAAGAUAAUGACUUGCUCGGAUGCUGGAGGAAACAAGUGAAGGUGGCGAAAGAGACGCGGCGUGUGGAUGUACUUUGUUACCGUCUUUCUUUAGGACAGAAGCUGUUGAGAGGUACAAGGCAGUAUCGGAAUCUGUUGGAACUCAUGGAUGAGGCGGUGAAGAAGCUCGAAGGUGAUGUGGGUCCGUUGUCGGGUUGGGCGAUGAAGAUGGCUCGAGGUAUCGUCAAUAGACUUUCGUCGGGAUCACAAGUCCAGAAGCUGUGUUCUCAGGCAAUGGAAGCUCUGGACAAAGUGGUCUCACCAUCGGAUUCUGUUUCAGGACAAGGUGACAAGAUGACCGUGAUAGUAGAAGAGAUUCAAGCAAGAUCAGUCACUGUGAGAUUAGAGUCCGAGGAGCCGUCUUCUUCUACACAAAACCAGAUCACAGGUUUCAGGUUGUUUUGUCGGAAGUCGAAGGACGAAGAGUGCUCGUCUGAGGUGAACUGUGUUGUGUAUCUACCUGAAACAAGGUCUACCAUCCAAGGACUUGAACCCGACACCGAGUUCUGUCUCAGAGUCGUGUCCUUUAACAAGGAAGAUGACUUAGAUGAGUCCGAGCUUCAGUUCUCAACAUUGAAAGACAAUAUAGAUGAAGCUCGGGACCGGCAAAGCCCUUUGACAAACUCAAGCAGUGGUCUUUGUAGUAAUCCAUCUUUGCACGAAGAUGAAUCUAAUAAUGUCCAUAAGAGCUGCAGCGAAGAAAACGGUGACAAGGACAACACCGAACACUGUAAUGCAGGAGAAGGAGAAUCCGAGCUUGAAGAGGAGAGGCUUGUAAAGAGGAAAGCUAACAAGAUAGAUGGAAGAGACUUGCUUGUAACACCCUGCAAAAGAGAUAUUUCUAAGGGGAAGCAAGGAGGGAAUAAAAGAUUCAAAUCAAGAACAAUAUCAGUGAACGAGAAACCUGAGAUCAAUAAUGCCGCAAAUGGGGUAGGAGAUAAAGACUUGGGUCAAAUUGUGAAGACGAUUAGAUGUUUAGAGCAAGAAGGACAUAUAGACAGGAGUUUUAGGGAAAGGUUCUUGACAUGGUAUAGCUUAAGAUCUACUCACCGAGAAGUUAGAGUUGUGAAGAUCUUUGUUGAGACCUUUAUGGAGGAUCUGUCUUCUUUGGGAGAACAGCUUGUGGAUACAUUCUCAGAAUGCAUAGUGAGCAAAAGAUCAUCAACAAGUGGUGUUGUACCUGCUGGAAUCUGCCUCAAGCUUUGGCAUUAAAGCUUUUGAAAUCAGUCUAUUUAUUAACUUUCUUGAUAUUCUACACUAUAACGAUAUUUUUGAAGUGAAAUUAUGUAAGUACGCAUUUCCAAUUUGUUUCUGACGUCUAGUGAAAACCUCAAAAAUGAAUAGUCUGAAAGUUA